CUCCUGCAACCCUCACUUCGCACCACGCAAAACACAUUCCGACGAUCCAACACAGAACAUAAAGCUAUCAGCAGCAUCAGCUCGCUAGCUCGACCAGAUGGCUUCGUCCCUGACCGUGUCGACGACGACGGCGACCGGGGCGGCGGCCGGCACCGCCGCGGCCAACAAGCAGCGCGAGGGCGCGGAGGUCAUCACAGGCGCGGAGGCGUGCUUCGCGCACUCCAAGGAGAUGCUCAAGGCGCUGGGGUUCCCGGGCGGGGUGAUGCCGCUGCGGGGGCUGGAGGAGUGCGGGUGGGUGAAGGAGACCGGGUUCGUGUGGAUGCGGCAGAAGGCGCCCUACGAGCACUACUUCCGGGGCACGGGCACCCGGGUGCGCUACGACGCCGAGGUCACCGCGUACGUGGAGGAGGGCCGGAUGAAGCGCAUGACGGGGGUGCGCAGCAAGCAGGUCCUGCUCUGGGUGCCCAUCGUCGAGAUGAGCCUCGACGGCGAGAAGCGCGACAAGAUCUACUUCAAGUCCAACGUCGGGAUCGGCCGAUCGUUCCCCGCCUCCGCGUUCGCCGACGAGGAGGAGAAGGAAGAGAAGAAGGAGGAGGGCGGCGACAAGCCCGCCGGUGCCGACGAGGAGAAGAAGGGGGAGGUGGGCGGCGACAAGCCCGCUGAUGCCGACGCCGCCACCAAGUGAGAGCGCGGGGCGUACGCACCCGUGCGGGUGUUGUGACGCACGCGCGGGGCGUGCGCGAUCACGCGUGAAGAUGCAUGUAUCUUUCUAUGCGAGUUUGUUGUUUGCGUCAUUCUCUAUAUUCGCCAAUGUUUAAUUAUCUGGUUGAUAUAUAAAUGAAGAACAAUAAUUGCAUUGAGAAA